AUGUUGCAGGAGAAGUCUCCUCUCCCGCUCCCCUCCUCCAGCCGGCUCCGGGGCCCCUGGGGAAGCCCAGCACCCACCGACAGGAGCCUGAAGAGCCUCCGCCUGUACCCCUCCUGUGGCCCCGACCCAACUCAGAGCACAGCCAUGAAACGCAACGCCCGGCUCUGGUGCCCUUUCCAGAAGGGCACCUACGAGAUCACCCGGAAGGCCCGGCGGCAGUGCCAGGCCUGCCGCCUGCGCAAGCUCCCGGAGAGCGGCUGGAGGAAAGACGGCGCAGGCGGGCGUGGGCACUCACAGCCAGCACACCCGUCCUUCCCCAAGUGUUUCUCCAGAGGAGCUCAGAGUCCUCGAGAGUCUGGAAAAAGGCAGGUUUCUUGUCACAAGCAUGUCCCCAUCCCCUACUCCUGCUCGAGCCCCUGCAGGUGCCUGAGGCUGCUCCUGGCUAUCCCUGCAGUGAUCAUGUCUGACACGGCCGUGGCGCAGAAGCGGGCCUUGAUCAGGAGGAAGAAGAGGGAACAGAUUGGGACUCAGCCCCCUGGAGCCCAGGGUCUGACUGAAGAGCAGCAGAUGAUGAUCAGGGAGUUGAUAACCGCUCAGAUGAAAACCUCUGAUAGCAUCUUCACGCAUUUCAGAAAUUUCCGGACUGAGUCACGUGAAGAAGCUGCCAAGUGGAGCAAGAUCAGGGAAGAUCUAUGUUCAGUGAAGGUCUCCCUGCAGCUGCGGGGGGAAGACGGCAGCAUCUGGAGCUACAAGCCCCCGGCCGACAAUAGUGGGAAAGAGAUCUCUUCCCUGUUGCCCCACAUGGCUGACACGUCAACCUACAUGUUCAAAGGCAUCAUCAACUUUGCCAAAGCCAUUCUCCUAUUUCAGGGUGCUGGCCUGCGGCACUUUCCUAGGAAGCGGCAUCUCCUCCUUAUCCUUGCUGCCAGGGACCUGCUCAUCGAGGACCAGAUCUCCCUGCUGAAGGGGGCCACCUUUGAGCUGUGCCAGCUGAGAUUCAACACGGUGUUCAACGCAGAGACCAGGACCUGGGAGUGUGGUCAGCUGUCCUACUGCUUGGAAGCCCUGCCGGUGCCCGAGAGAUGCCUGUCUGCCCUGGCAGAGGGUGGCUUCCAGCAGCUUUUACUGGAGCCCGUAUUGAAAUUCCACUACCUGCUGAAGAAGCUGCAGCCGCAUAAGGAGGAGUGUGUGCUGAGGCAGGCCAUCUGCCUUUUCUCUCCAGACCGCCCGGGUGUGGGGCAGUGCCGCUUGCUGGACCAGCUGCAGGAGCGGUUCGCCAUUACCCUGAAGGCCUACAUCGAGUGCAACCGGCCCCGGCCCGCCCACUGGUUCCUGUUCCUGAAGAUCUUGGCUAUGCUCGCCGAGCUCCGCUGCAUCAAUGUCCAGCACACCCAGCGGCUGCUGCGCAUCCAGGACAUUCACCCCUUUGCCACCCCACUCACGCAGAAGUUGUUCAGCAUCACAAAUGGCUGA